AUGAAAUGUCCUUGCAGAAAGUGCAAUAAUGUUAAUUACAAAGUUAGAAGUGAAAUUUUCAGUGACUUGAUAUUGCACGGUAUGAUGAGAAAUUAUACUACAUGGUUUCAUCAUGGUGAGAGUUUAAGCUCAACGGUCUCAUCAAGUAUCGCACCACAAGAUACAUGUUUUGAGGUCAGAAAUAACAACGAUGAACGACCAGGGGAUGACCUUUUUGGCAUGUUGCGAGCUGUGUGUGGAAUACCAAUGCGUGAUGAUGAAGGUAUGGAUGAUAGGGGUGACGGUGAAGGUACGGAUGAUAUGGAUGACGAUGAAUAUAUGGAUAGUGGGGAUGGAGGAGUGAGUGGUUUACCAAGUAAUUGUACAGCUUCUAGGUUUUAUAAAUUUCUCGAGGAGUCAAAGAUACCAUUGUAUCCUGGCUGCGAAAAAAUGUCAGUGAUGUCUUUUCUUGUCCGAUUUUGGAACUAUAAAUGUGUUGGCGGGAUGUCUGAGAAGUCAGCCAAGGAUAUGCUUCAACUUAUGAGGGAUUCAUUUCCUGAUAAUUGUAAUUUGCCAGAAAAUUUCACACAAUGCAAGAAAAUACUUUCAGAGUUAGGAUUGACUUACAAUAAGAUUAAUGCGUGUCCGAAUGACUGCAUUCUUUAUUAUAAGGAGUACGCCGAUAGGGAAACAUGCCAUGUUUGUAAAGCAUCUCGUUACAAAGAUGGAACCAAAACACCAUCUAAGAUUCUUCUCCACUUUCCUUUGAGACCUCGGCUACAACGGCUGUACAUGGAAUCUAAGACUGCAGGAUAUAUGAGAUGGCAUGCUGAAGGGCGUCCGAGGGAUGGUAAAAUGAGACAUCCAGCUGAUUCUGAAGCUUGGAAGCAUUUCGAUGAGAUGAAUCCGACGUUUGCUGCUGAACCGAGGAAUAUCAGACUAGGUUUAGCAACAGAUGGUAACGAUAUUGAUGUAUACCUGAGGCCCUUAAUCGACGAGCUUAAGGAGUUGUGGGAAGAAGGGGCAAAUACAUAUGAUUCUUCGCGAAAUGAAAUGUUUAAUAUGCGUGUGGGGUUAUUAUGGACUAUAAGUGAUUAUCCUGGACUAGCGAUGCUAUCAGGAUGGAGCACCAAAGGAAAGUUAGCAUGUCCAACGUGUCAGGAAGAUACACGGCAUCAGAGGUUGAAGCAUGGAAGAAAAACCUGCUACAUGGGACACCGACGCUUCUUGCCAAUAGGUCACAGGUUUCGCUCUCUAACGAAGGAAUUCAAUGGUAAUGUGGAAUACGGUUCACCACCAAACCCAUUGUUAGGUCCAGAUAUCUUGCAGAAGCUAAAACACAUUCCACAUGUACUUGGCAAACAGUUUGAGGAUAGUCUGAUGGGUGAUCGUCCACGCAAGAGAAAAGAACGAGCAUCAAAUACAGCUACGAGUAACAUGCCGGGCAAUUGGAAGAAAUUGAGUAUUUUUUAUGAACUGCCGUACUGGGCAGAUAAUGUACUCAAACACAAUUUAGAUGUCAUGCACACUGAGAAGAAUGUGUGCGAUAGCGUUAUUGGUACUCUGCUGGAUAUGGAUAAGAAAGCCAAGGAUGGUCUAAAGGUAAGGUUAGAUCUUCAGCUCCUAAAUCUCAGACCUGAGCUUCACCCAAUUAUGACUGCAAAUGGGAAGAAAUUCUUCUACCAAAUGCAUGUUACUUUAUGGAUAAUGCUAAAAAGUAGAUGUUCCUUAGUGUCUUGA